AUGCAUUUCGCUACUAUCCUGGCUGUGUCAGCUUCGAUCUUUACCUUGGGCUGUGUCGCCGACCCUCUAUCCUUCACUAGCUGGCCCGCAGAUAUCGCGGCUGGGAAGCCCGUCACUCUGACAUGGACAGGUGCCGCUACCAAUGAGCCUGUCACUCUUACCCUACGGAAGGGUACUUCCACGGACCUGCAGGACGUGGAGGUCAUCACCGCUCAGGGCAAGGAUGGAACUUUUACCUGGACUCCUGGCUCUAAUAUCAAAGAAGGCGAGACCUAUGCCUUCCAAGUUACACAGGAUGGCCAGAGGAAUUACUCUGCUCUCCUGAGAGCUGGUGCCCCCGUCAACCCUCCGGCUUCCGAUACGACUCAAACCGGUACUGGAACCACCACGGCCCCUACCACUGAAGCUACCAGCCAGACCACUGGUACCAGCACUAGCAGCAAGCCUUUGAUCAGCUCCUCUGUUUCCGGCACACCCUCCAGCACCCCUGCCUCCAUGGCCACCAGCUCCAUCAGCGCUGAGGCCCCCUUUGGUACCAGUGAUUCAGAUAUCAAUGAAAAGGAUGCAUCUGCGACUGCCAGUGUUCAGGGCUCUGCUUCUGUGUUACGAUACUCUGUUGGGCUAGCAGCUGGUGCCAUGGCUGUGUUCUUCUACUUGGGACUUUAA